AUGCCACGUAUUACAGCCAACCCUCACGAACAGGUCGCCCCCAAUUUCGCCGGAGCAGCCUUCGCAGCAUGCAGGCGGUCCCUGGUGAAUCAAGACGGCCUAACGGACGAACAGGCGGCGCAAACGCUGCUCGACGCGUGGACCGCCGACAUCAAUCUGGAGAAGGCGGCGUGGGAUCGGCAGAUAGCGGCGGACCAGGAAGCCGCGCAGCUUGCGGAACAGGAAAGGUUGGACCGCGAGGCGACGGAGAAAGCCGAAGAAGAGAGGGAGGCCGCGAAGAACCGACCAAAGAUACCGACGUACACCAAAGGUCAUAUGGUCGGCCAGGAAUCCGCCCCCCUCACGGACAUCAAGGCUCUGAAAAAGCUCAAGGCAUAUCAGUACGUCGAACUGUGGUACUUCGGAGUCGAGGGACGGCGCAGGGCCGCAGAAGACGCCUGCAGGACCAGCGACGAAGUUCUAAUCGUGGCCUGGGAAGGCGAGGGGGGCGCCCUGCGGCAAUCGGCACCAAAUCGGCUCGCGCGGUUUUGCGUGCCCGACAGAGAUCUCACGUGGAGGGAACUCUCCAUCGCCAAAACGGGCCUACUCGAGGACAUGGCCAAGGUCGGAUGGCCCAAGAACAUCGUGCAAGAUUUCGUCGAUUUCUUCUUUGCGAUCGACAACCACCCAAGCCGUUAUGAGGGCCCGCACGGCGACCCCUGCCUCCUCCUCUACCAGGAGGAGGUCCGUCAGCUCUGGCAUUUCCGAUACGAUCGCAAUCCCGCCGAGGUUUUCGACCCUUCGGUCUUCAACAACGACCGGCUGCAGCGCAUAACGCAGCGAUACCUCAACACGCAAGUCAGCAGCAUCAACAACGCGUAUGUCCUUCCCUUUUUCCCCCACUUUAGAAACACAGCACGCUAA